GAUCGGAUCUUGCCAAUUAUUUUCAUUGUAAUAUUUUCAUUUAAGAUAUGACAUAUGUCAUGAAAUCAACAAAAACACAGUAAAGGCGACAAGAUUGCCAGUUCUAGGUUGGAGUGGAUUUAAUCAUCAAUGCCGCCAGACUGCCAAUCUCUCAGCCGACAAGUUUCGCACCCAAAUCGACGCUGAUUUUAUCAUCGCCGUACACAGGUUACCGGAAAGUCCAAUGCCCGAAUCAGCGCUUACAUUUUCUUAGCAAAGCCCCAAACUUUACGCGAGCAACCGCUGGUCGUUUGGAAGAAGACGAUGCAGUGGUAUUUCGUUGCCGCGCUGCUCACCGUGCUCACCAGCUCUCAGGGAAUCUUAACAACGCUCUCUCAAAGCAAUGGCAAAUAUGAGUAUGACUAUGCAACUGUUCCGUUUCUUGCUGAAGUAUUCAAGCUAAUAGUUUCCAGUUUUCUUCUUUGGAGAGAGUGUCGCAUAUCACCUUCCAUACGAAUGACUACAGAUUGGAGGAGUGUGCGCUUAUAUCCUAUUCCUUCAGUCAUAUAUCUAAUUCAUAACAAUGUUCAGUUUGCCACUCUUGUUUAUGUGGAUACUUCCACAUAUCAGAUAUUGGGUAAUCUGAAGAUUGUUACUACUGGAAUAUUGUUCAGGCUAUUCCUGAGAAAGAAGUUGUCUAAUCUGCAAUGGAUAGCAAUUGUUUUGUUAGCUGUUGGAACAACCACGAGCCAGGUUAAAGGUUGUGGAGAAGUGUCAUGUGAUUCUUUGUUCUCAGCACCAAUCCAAGGAUAUAUGCUUGGCAUCCUAUCUGCUUGUAUGUCAGCAUUAGCAGGUGUUUAUACAGAGUUUCUCAUGAAGAAGAACAAUGAUAGCUUGUACUGGCAGAAUGUACAAUUGUACACGUUUGGUGUGAUUUUCAACGUAGCACGGCUUGGCUUCGAUGACUUCAGGGGUGAAUUUGAGAAUGGCCCUUGGUGGCAACGCCUUUUCAAUGGAUACAGUCUUACAACUUGGUUGGUCGUGCUAAAUCUUGGAUCUACCGGACUGCUUGUUUCAUGGUUGAUGAAGUAUGCUGACAACAUAGUGAAGGUGUAUUCCACCUCAAUGGCAAUGCUGCUGACAAUGGUUCUAUCAGUAUACCUUUUCACUUUUAAGCCCACACUGCAGCUUUUCUUGGGUAUUAUUAUCUGUAUGAUGUCACUGCACAUGUACUUUGCUCCUCCAAACAUGCUCAUAGACUUACCAUUGCCUGUAAAAGCAACCACCGAAAGUCUGAAGGAAGUUUCAGUCCAACAAAAAUCAGAUUCGUGAUGGUCAUUGCACAAACUGGAGCAUAAUAUAGUUUUGUUGAUUGCAGAAGUAUGUUUAACUCGAAUCAGAAACAUCCCUUACUAACUCGUAAUAUAUACAUUCAUUUUUAAUACUAAUUUUUAUCCGUGAAAUAUAAACUUCAUGUUAUUCACCUA